UUCGAUUCCAAAUGCUUGGGGAUUCAUUCAGCGGCGUCUCGAUCUCUGAAACUGCAUGCACCAGGCGUUUCGGACCGUUCAUUUGAAACUCCGGUAUCAAGUCUUGUAGCCCACAAAGAAUUGCACAACGCUGGACCCACCGGCUCCUCUUUCAAUCAGAGUACAAGGAUGGGUCAUCGCACACAAUUCCCCUUGCUUAUAACCGGGAUACAAUCUUCGUCGAAAGGAUCUAUGUCGCAUUUCUCAUCGCCUUUCAUCACAAAUUUCCCUGACAUGAUCUUGAAAUUGCUGCUUCAUGUAGCACAUUAGCACACUACGCCUCCAAUUUCUUUUGUGCGAUCUACGCUGGCUCUGAUAGCUGUCGUACUAUGUAUGUCUCGGGGGAGCUUUUGCGCAAUCGUUUGGACGCAGCAAUAGCCAUUGUUCUUGAAGCUAGAGUGUUGCGUCGAGUUUCACCUUUUCUUCCUCUCUAUCUAUCUUCCAUUUCUAUACAGGUUGGCCGACCUGUCAGUGUUUGCCCAGACGCUCCGGGGCGGUCUUUCUUUCUCUGGGAAGCAACCGCACGACGAACAUGGCCCUGUACUUCGGACCAACACUCGUUUCGUUUCAUCGAUGAAAACCACCAGCCAGAGAUAGACGCCUUGUCCCAAGCUUUGGACAAGUCGACGGCAUGCGUUAUAUACCCAAUCCGAGGAGACAGGCUGUUCUUUCGUCAAGGAUAAGAUCGAGGCAUGGUUCCCGACGGCG